AUGUUGACAUUUAAAGAGCGUGAUUAUAUUCCAUGUGUUGGUGGUGUCGACGAAACUAGUUCGUUAAGUUUUAAACCGCAUAUAACUCAACGACUCGCAGUUUUGGAUCAUCCUAAAACAUCUAUCGAUCAUGAACUUCAUCAUACAUUGCGUUCUUCAUGUGUUGCUGAUGAACGUCCAUCACCGCCAUUGACAUUACAACGAUCAGCGUCUACACUUGAUUAUGAUCUAUGGCUAGAAGCCGGUAAGCAGAAUCAUAAGCCAUUGUAUCCUAAAAAUCUCGAUGGAAAGCCGCCAAUCAAUUUUAAUAUAUGGAGAAAUUUUCGACGAUAUUACUCAGGUUUAGGAAAUGAUAAUAAACGUGAAAAAACCAGACAUAUCAGCGAUAUGACAGCAUUUUCCUAUCCAAUAACAAUACCGGCUCCAUCCGUAUUAGGAGAUAAUCAUUUGCGACAAUAUUUUGAAUCAAACUGGAGUGAUCUAUUUAAAAAUCAAAAACGCUAUCGAAUGGCUUUAAUCAAAGCCGAUAGUGACGAAAGAUUACUACGUUUAUUGAGCUUAAAAAGUGAACAAAGAAAUCCAAAUUCAAUAGAAUCGAAACGACAUCGAGAAAGUGAACAGCAUUCUGUUCCAUUAAAAAAACCCUCGAUCGAUGUCACUUCACCGUUAUCACAAUCUGUGAACGGUGGUCGUGCCACUGAUCUUUUGGCACAUAGCUCACAACAACGUCAAAACUCAUUAAACGCAUCGUUUCAUUCGCCGACAUACGAAGGACGAUUAGUACAUUCGAUGUCGGGUAAAAAAUUUUUACUAAAAGAAAACCAUCCAUCGAUUGACAAAUUAAAAUUUGAACAAGAACUUAAAACAGCUGUGGAUUUUCAUCGUGAAUUAACAAGAAUCAAUACCGGUAGUGAAAAGUCUAUUUAUGCUAAACAUUUUUAG